CUGGGCUUGCGCCGAGUCGACGCGAGCGCGGCGCGCCGCGGUUUGAAAGGCCCGAGCCACGCGCGCUUGCGCACUUAAGCCUGCGCGGAGAGCACCCCUUCCCCGCCCCCCAAGCCGGACCCUUCCUCAGCCUCGGGUCUAGGUGAAGCCCACGGCUUCGGCAUGCCGGAGAUUCGCCUCCGCCACGUCGUGUCCUGUAGCAGCCAGGACUCGACCCACUGUGCAGAAAACCUUCUCAAGGCAGAUACUUACCGGAAAUGGCGGGCAGCCAAGGCCGGCGAGAAGUGCAUCUCUGUGGUCUUACAGCUGGAGAAGGAGGAGCAGAUCCACAGCAUGGACAUUGGGAACAAUGGCUCAGCCUUUGUAGAGGUGCUGGUGGGCAGCUCGGCUGGAGGGGCCAGUGAGCAAGACUAUGAGGUGCUUCUGGUCAUGUCAUCUUUCAUGUCCCCAUCCGAGAGCCGCAGUGGCUCAAACCCCAGCCGUGUUCGCAUGUUUGGGCCUGACAAGCUGGUCCGAACAGCAGCUGAGAAGCGCUGGGACCGCAUCAAAAUUGUUUGCAGCCAGCCCUACAGCAAGGACUCCCCCUAUGGCCUGAGUUUUAUAAGGCUUCGCAGCCCUCCAGACAAAGAGGAGGCCGAGGUCCCAUCCCAGAAGGUGACCAUGACUAAGCUUGGCCAGUUCCGGGUGAAGGAAGAGGACGAGAGCGCCAGCUCCCUGAGACCAGGGGCGCUCUUCUUCGGCAGGAUAAACAAGACAUCCCCAGCCACAGCCAGUGACCCAGCAGGGCCCAGCUACGCAGCGGCUACCCUCCAGGCCUCCGCGUCUCCACUCUCCAAGGCAGUGGGCAGCACCACUAAGCCUCAGGAGUCUACCAAAGGGAAGAGGAAGUUGGAUUUGAAUGUAGAAGAAAGGAAGACCCCCAGCAAACCGUCAGCCCAGCUUUCUCCCCCUCCCCUCAAGAGACCCAAAUUGCCAGCUCCCACCCGCUCCCCAGCUGCGGCCCCGGCCCCUGCUACAGCACAGAGGGCCGUGCCAGGGAAACCGCGAGGAGAGGGCACCGAGCCCAGGGGAGCCCGCGCCGGCCCGCAGGAGCUGGGGAGGAUCCUUGAAGGUGUGGUGGUGGUGCUGAGCGGCUUCCAGAACCCCUUCCGCUCGGACCUCCGGGACAAGGCCCUGGAGCUGGGUGCCAAGUAUCGGCCAGACUGGACCCCGGACAGCACCCACCUCAUCUGCGCCUUUGCGAACACCCCCAAGUACAGCCAGGUCCUGGGCCUUGGAGGCCGCAUCGUGCGCAAAGAGUGGGUGCUGGACUGUCACCGCAUGCGGCGGCGGCUGCCGUCCCGGAGGUACCUCAUGGCAGGGCCCAACUCCAGCAGCGAGGAUGAGGCAGGCUCUCCCAGCGGCAGCGGUGGGGAGGAAGCCCCUAGGCUUCCGAGAAAGACCCUCCCUUCUCAGCGCCCCCAGACCAAAGCCAAGCCUCCCCUGGCAGCUGGAUCCAGCUCGCCCCAGAAGCCCCCAAGCCCAAAAGAGACCAAAGCUGCCUCAGGAGGACCCCAGGAAAAUUCUGACACAGAGGAGGAGCAGUCAGCAGGAUGGGACAAUGGGGCGGAAGAGUCUGGAGACACUGAAGACGAGCUGAGGAGGGUGGCCGAGCAUAAGGAGCACAGGCCACCUGCCGGCCAGGAGGAGAACGGCGAGGACCCAUAUGCCGGCUCCACAGAUGAGAACACUGACAGCGAGGGUCAACCAGAGCCUCCCGACCAGCCAAUUCCUGAGCUCCCGGACUUCUUCCAGGGAAAACACUUCUUCCUGUACGGAGAGUUCCCUGGGGACGAGCGGCGGAAGCUCAUUCGAUAUGUCACAGCCUUCAACGGGGAGCUCGAGGACUACAUGAGUGACCGUGUCCAGUUUGUGAUCACGGCACAGGAAUGGGACCCUAGCUUCGAGGAGGCCCUGAUGGACAACCCUUCCCUGGCGUUCGUCCGUCCCCGAUGGAUCUACAGUUGCAACGAGAAGCAGAAGCUACUUCCCCACCAGCUCUACGGGGUGGUGCCUCAGGCCUGAACUGUGCGCUUGUGUACAUGGGUGUGCACACACACAAACACAAGUUUAAUAAAGGUGACUCGGUUUGGAGCUGCUGCCCCGUCUCACUCGAGUCUGCCAACGCUCC